AUGAUAGAGAAUUACGAACAUAACUUUGAUGAGAUGGCAAAUAGUCCAAUAACUUUCUUUUUAUUUCUAAAGAAAACAUGUGCUCCGUAUAGAAAUGUCGCUAUUUAUAACAUAACUCUCGCCUUUACUGGAGAAAUUGAUAUGAAGGAUGUGAUAAAGUUUAUAAGUGAAAUCAAAAUUACAGAAGUAGGAAAAAUAAAAAUAAAAAAUAAAUGUCUGGUAAAACUCUUACCCAUACCUGUGUUACAGAAAUGUAUCUCAAUGAGCAGUGUUUCUGAUGUAACACAUAUAUCUUGUGUAAAAUCUGACCUGCUCUGGAUUAGUGAUAGAGGCAGUCUAAUACUGACAAACACAGACGGUCAAAGACUACGUCAUAUACCGGAUAUAGUUGAGGGUAUGUGGGACAAAGGAAAACAUACGGUGAAUGUAUAUGGGGAUCUUUUUUAUAUAAACAGGGAAUGUAACAUCAUCCAACUCUCUGCAAAUAACAGAACAAAGUCCACGCUGAUGAAAAGAGAGUCAGAGACCCCAGUGUGUGUCUUCUGCUCCACCUCAAACGAAGAUCUUCUGGUCGGAUUUUAUUUAGGCAAGGUACACCGUUAUGAUAAAACAGGCCAACAAAUACAUACAAUUGAACACAACGACAAAGGUCAUAGAAUGUAUAGUGAACCGAUGUACAUCACAGAGAACUGCAAUGGAGAUGUCAUUUUGUCUGAUCGGGAUAAUGGUGUGGUGGUGACAGACAGUGUAGGGCGAUACCGGUUCUCCUACACGGGGUCUCCAUUAGGACCUCAAAUACUACCAUACGGUAUUUGCACCGACGCUUCGUCGAACAUCAUUGUGUGUGAUUAUUUCAACGAAAUAGUGCAGAUUAUUGAUAAGAAUGGUACCUUUACGAGACUUCUCUUGACAGAACAGGAAGUGAGGGGCAAACCAUAUAGCUUAUGUUAUGAUCACGAGAAAGACCUUAUCUAUGUUGGAUUCUGGCGUAGUAAUGAUAUAUUAGUAUACGGAUGUCGAGAGGGACAUGAUUAUCUAACAGAAAACUAA